AUGCCCAAGUGUCUACAAGACUGUCUCUGGGCGAAAGAAGAGGACUUGUACCUCCCUUUGGACAGGGUCGACAUUACCAAGCAACCCCUGAGCGGCUCACAGCAUUAUCACGAAAACUGCAUAAUGCAUCGGGACAUUAAGCCUGACAAUGUGAUGAUGGGUGUCGUCGAGGGCGAUGGCAAGUCGGCCCGAUGGCUCUGCAAGUUCACGGACCAUGGCGCGGUGAAGGUGACCAGGCAACUCGUGGCGGGACAGGCUGGGUCGCCAUUUUACUGCGCGCCCGAGAUCCUGGAUCGUAAGCCUUAUGGCGAACGAGUCGACGUCUGGUCCCUCGGUGUUCUAUCCGUGGUGCUCUUUACGGGCCACGACCCCAUUCGCGACAAUCCCUACGUCGACAUAUAUCCGCAGUCAUCGUCGGAGGUUCGGGGUUGGAUGAACCUAGUCAGUAAGUUCAUCAAGUUGUGCUAUGAUCCGAAGUGGCGUCCCCUCCUCAACAACAUGCUCAUGGAGAAGCCCCUAAAGCGGUGGCCCGCGCGUCGGUGUCAGAUGUUCAUGGCAGACCCAUCCCAGCCGCGGGAUCGAAUCGUCUCCAUACUUCCAGCGUUGUCCUCGAAAGAAUAA